AUGUCUUACAAGACUAUCUUCUAUCAUUCUGUUUUUUGUAUUGAAUGUUUUAUCUUUUUGUUCCUCUCCUUCCUGUUCCUCUUCUUCCUGUUCCCCUGUAGGUGGAGAACAAAGCAGAACCUGGACUACUGUUUCCUCAUGAUGUACGCCCAGUCAAAGGGGACGUACUACGUACAGCUGGAGGAUGACAUUGUUGCUCGUCCAAAUUACUUCACCACCAUGAAGAACUUUGCCCUGCAGCAGUCUUCUGAAGAGUGGAUGAUCUUGGAGUUCUCCCAGCUGGGCUUCAUCGGUAAGAUGUUCAAAUCCCUGGACCUGUCUCUAAUAGUGGAAUUUAUGCUAAUGUUCUACAAGGACAAGCCCAUUGAUUGGCUGUUGGACCACAUCAUGUGGGUCAAGGUGUGCAAUCCUGAGAAGGAUGCGAAACACUGUGACAGGCAGAAGGCCAACCUGAGGAUCCGCUUCAAGCCGUCUCUGUUCCAGCACGUGGGAACACACUCCUCCCUAGCAGGAAAGAUCCAGAAACUCAAGGACAAAGACUUUGGGAAGCAGACCCUGCACAAGGGCCACGCCAACCCGCUGGCAGAGGUGACGACCAGCCUGAAGACCUACCAGCACUUCACCCUGGAGAAGGCCUACCUGGGGGAGGACUUCUUCUGGGCCUUCACCCCCGUGGCCGGAGACUUCCUACGCAUCCGCUUCUUCACACCCGUACGCAUAGAGAGGUACUUUUUCCGGAGUGGGAACAUUGAGCAUCCAGGGGAUAAGCUCUUCAACACCUCCAUAGAGGUGCUGCCCUUUGACAACAUCCAGUCUGAGAAGGAGGCCUUGAAGGAGGGGAGAGAGAAGACCCCCACCUACCACCGAACAGAAGACGGCUUCAUCAGGAUAGGAAUGUUCCAGAACGGCAUAGCGGAGGGGGAGGUUGACCCUAGCUUCGGGCCGUUGGAGGCCCUUCGCCUAUCGGUGCUGACAGACUCCCCGGUCUGGGUCAUCCUCAGUGAGAUAUUCAUCAAAAAAGCGGAGUGAAAGUCAGCAGACCUCCUCAAAGCAAUACCUCAGACAACCGUUCCCGUUCGCCAAUGGAACGGAGCCUUCGCAGCUACUGCCGACUCAUUCUCUGGCUUCACGGCGACGAAUUUCCAGCGCGUUCGGACAGCGCCAUCUGCUGGCAAGAUCACUCGAUUGCCGGCCAGUAGUGAGCGCCCUGACUGGAUGACCAAUCAAAAGCAUGGGAGUGUUUGUCCGGAAGCGCUUAUUUGGAGAAAGCAACGAGGACACACACGGAGCUGUAUGUGGUGAACUGUAUUUAUGUGUACAUAAGGUUUAUGUUUUAAAACACUGGUAAUUGUCAAAGAGCUGGCGAGAUUGCCUAGCCCUUUGAUGAAGGUAAAUGACAAUGAAUAGCUGCUUUCGGAAUUUAAGGAAUGGCCAGGCAACUGACAUUUUGGAAUGACACAAUUGAUAAUCCUGUUUAAAUAGGCAACUGUUCUGGAUCUCCUAUUAAAGAACACCCCACAUGUAAUACAUAUGUAUGUGGCUACGGAUAUAUGCAUAUUUAUGUACACACAAUCAUAUGAAUGAUCUCUAUAGGUGUGUUGAUAUGUACAUAAAUACAGUUAGUGUGCCCAAAAGUCAGUUCAAAAAGUAAACCUAUUGAAGAAAGUGCACAAAGUGGUGUCUGUUUGAAAUAAAAGUCAAUUCUGAAGCCAGAGGACAUUUGUAGGAAAUCUGAAAUAGCAUAUGCUUUCUUUCUGCUUGAUGCGCCAUCUUCGCUAACACUGUUUUCCCUCCCCAUAGCAAUUACUUUUGCCUUAAUGUGACAUGAAGUUAACCAGGUUGUGGGGCGAAUCACUGUAAGCCGAGACCAGAUGCAAGGCCCUAUUACAUUAGCUAGGAAACAAAACAAGGCUGCCCACUUCCAAGCACAGGAAACAAGUAUUUUUUUCAUUGUUUCUUAUCAAAUCGGGAUGGGUUUGGAAAAGGUAGAGUGGUUUAGAAAGAAACUGUCAGAGAGACACGAUGGACCAUUGUUCCUCAUGUUCUCAUGUUGUAGUUUAUGCUCUCUUGGACCACUUCAUAAAAUACCCAAUACACAGCUUCACAAAAUGGCUCCACUCUCUUGCUUUUAAGUCAAUGUUGACAUUGAAAUGAGAGGGAGUUAACUCACAUUUUCUGCGCGUUUACUUAAGUGAUUUUGCACAGCAUUUCCCAACACAAAGCAAUCGCUGAAAGCCCCUACUAUAAAUCUGAAACGUUUAAGCUGGGACUGUCUGCAAAUGCAAGUGAAGGCUACUGGAAGAAAUUAAAUACCUUUCUUAUUGAAGGAGUUCUCAAACCGUUAGGCCCUACAGAUUCUGGUUUGUAAACAUACAAACUGGGUUACUGAUUGUGUUUUCUCUGGAGCUUGUAGGAAGCACAUUAUAGGCGUUGUGCCAAAUCAAUUAGUCUUAGAGCCCUUACGCUGUUAAUGUGACUAUUUGCAGUAACAUGGACGCAUGUAGACACAGACUGUGUGGCUGGCAAAUCUGAACUGUACUAUUUACGGUUCCCUGACCUGCCCUUCAGAAAAAUAAAACGUUUCUUUUUUUUCCGUAAAAUGCACUGGAAUGCAUUGCUUAUAUAUUGUGUUGUAUUUUGUAUCAUUUAGAUGAACUAUAUUUAAUGAUGUUACCUUCUAUCCGAUAUGUGAAUUGUAAUAAAGCCGGAAUUUCAAUUGAAAAA